AUGAUUUUUGAGUCUACGGAGGAGGUGAUUCCUCUAUUACUAUCGUAUUGUAAGAAGCAGCAAACAAGUCACGACAAGGUGAAAAUUAUAGAUGGAUCAGUCGAGAGGAUUCAUGAGUUCUUGGAAGAGAAAAUCAAGAAAACUCAAACGUAUAUAGAGAAUACAGGGUUAGCUCAAAUCGAUGAGGCUGAGUUUGCUGCUGUUUGUGGAGCUGUGAAUUGUUUUCCCUAUUUUAAAGUGGAUUCAUCAUUGCUGAUUUGCUUUAAGAAUACUCUUAAACAGCACUUGGUCGACUCAGCUGUAAACACUUGUAGUGCUCAAGAGUUGAUGUGGCAGAGCAUGCUUGGUGCUGUUUUGGGGUCAUGUCAUAAACUCUCUUCUCCUGGAAGAAUCAACCGCAGUGAUGUAGAGGAAGCUUUUGUUUCUUGCUAA